ACGUGUGCAGAACGCCUCCAAGUUACGUGGGAGUGAAUGAGGUACAAGAUGAUGCAGUGGAAAGCCGUUCUGUCGCUCAUUUCUUUCGUGGCUACUGCUGCUGCCACAGAAACGACCCUGCGGACGACCGGAGGACAAAUUCGUGGGACCGUCGAAAUUACGGACGGUAAGCCCGUGGCCCGCUACUUGGGUAUACCGUACGCUAAGCCUCCCAUUGGUCCACUUCGGUAUCGCCCUCCUGAGCCAGCUGCACCCUGGCAAGGAAUCCUGGACACAACAGAGUUUCGUGCAAGCUGCGUUCAGGCCAAUGGGUCUUUCCCGUCUUCUCUGCCAUGGCUUGUAGACAAAAGAACAGUGAGUGAGGAUUGCUUGUUCCUCAAUAUUUGGGUCCCGCAGACCUCUGACAGGGAAAAAGCGAUCCUCAUAUGGAUCCACGGCGGUGGGUUCCGUACCGGAUCACCAGCUACGGAGUUGUACGACGGGAAGCUGUUGGCUGCUGUUGGAGACAUUAUGGUAGUAAGCGUGGCGUAUCGUCUUGGCAGUUUUGGUUUUCUCUACACUGGAGAGGACAGUUCACCCGGAAACUACGGGCUGUUGGAUCAAGAGUUGGCAAUUCUUUGGGUACGUGACAAUGCAGAAGCCUUCGGAGCUAAUGCGUCUUCAAUAACGCUUUACGGCGAAAGCGCGGGAGCAGCCGCCGCAGGUCUUCAUCUUCUGGUGACACGAAAUGCGGGGAUCGUACGCCGUGCCAUUAUGGCGAGCUGGAGUCCUUACGGGCUAAUGCCACCACAAAAUGAAAUUGGACGCGAGUUGGCCACAAAGCUGGCGAAAGCCGUCGGAUGCGAAGUGGACCAGAACGAUUGGAUCAGUGUCGUGUCUUGCUUGCGAGCAGCUCCAGUUAAGGCAAUCUUGAAAGCGGAAGAUACACUAGGUUGCAACGCCCUCCUCACUUUCACGCCGUCAUUCGGGGACUCCUACCUACCGCAACAAUUUCAUCAUAGCAUUCGCGAUGGGAAUCUCAUUCCCAUUGACGCACUACUGACCGGCGUCAACACCCACGAAGGAAGUCUAUUUCUUCACAUAACAGACCGUAAACUUUUCAGCGCGAAGAGCGAACCAGAAGAUAUGACCUCCUGUGAAGCAUCCGCGUUCCUUUCUCGCAACUUCCUCACUGGCUUGCCAACGGCCUUGCAAAAGGCUGUAGACGAAAACUUUCAAGCAAACCUCGAGAACACAGACGAAAUCCACGAGGCUCUGGCAGACUCUGUGGGCGACCUCAUGUUCAACUGCCCAACGCGAUUCUUUGCUGAAGCGUACGCAAAGCUAAACUACCCGGUCUACUUCUACUUGUUCGAUCACCGGUCAGAGAAAAGUUCCUGGCCUCCGUGGAUGGGGACAACGCACUUCGAUGAGCUCCAGUAUGCUUUUGGCAUGCCAUUUCGUUUUCCAGAGCGCUACACGGACCUGGACCGAGAGCAGAGUAUGCUACUGAUGACUCUUUUUACGCAGUUCGUCAGGACAGGGAGGCCUACAUUGCCAGAUGGCUCGUCAUGGCCGACUUACACGAAGGAACAACCUCAUCACCUGAGAUUCCAUGCAGGCAAUUCCAGCACGGGCGCAGGAUUUCGUGAAAACGGGUGCCACCUUCUCCGCGCUGCUUAUAUCUUACUUGGCCUCAUAAAGCCAUGACAAGCGUGGACAGGUGUUUACUGCUACGCUAAAUGUUUGUAAUCAUCUCACUCUUGUUUCCAUGGUGACUGACAAGACACGCCUUGUAGUCUUCGUAGGAGAAUUCUUGCUCGCCUAGCUGUCCAACGUACGUUUUUCGAAAGCGCCCAUACGUGUUGGACCACUGGUUUACCGUUACUGUCGAAUGCCGAGCUAUCUGAGUGAGCAUCUGUGCACUUCGAAAAGAUAUGUUCAUAUAUGCCCAGAAAACAAGCGCUCCCUAGAACGUCCUGUACGGGUCCUUACGUCCUGCUCCAUAAGGCAAGAGCCCCAGGCCGUCCCAAGAAUGACAGUCAAGGACCGUCCCGUGGCAGUCAGUUUUUGUUAUCCCCAGGUACAACUGAGAUGUCACU